CCAUGGAGAAAGGACAUUCUAACUGCAACCUUUUGAAGACUGCUCUGGCACAACAGGUAGUAGGGUACACUGUCUGUUUUCAUCAUGACCCACAAGUGUCUCCUCCAAAUUGCUCUCCUGUUGUGCUUCUCCACUACAGCUAUUUCCAUGAGCUACAACUUACUUGGAUUCCUACAAAGAAGAAGCAAUUUUCAGAGUCAGAAGCUCCUACGGCAACUGAAUGGAAGGCUUGAAUAUUGCCUCAAGGACAGGAUGGACUUUGAGAUCCCUAAGGAGAUCACACAACCGCAGCGGCUCCAGAAGGAGGACGUGGCAUUAAUCGUCUAUGAGAUGCUCCAGAAUAUUUUUACUAUUUUCAAUGGAGAUUUCUCUAGGACUGGCUGGAAUAAGACUAUUGUUGAGAACUUCCUUGCUAAUGUCUAUCAGCACAUAGAACAUUUGAAGACAAUCCUGAAAGAAAAAUGGGAGAAAAAAGAAUUCACCAGGGAAAAAUCCAUGAGCAGUCUACACCUGAAAAGAUAUUAUGGGAGGAUUCUGCAUUACCUGAUGGCCAAGGAGUACAGCCACUGUGCCUGGACCAUAGUCAGUGCGGAAAUCCUCAGGAACUUUUACUUUAUUGACAGACUUACAGGUUACCUCUGAAACUGAAGAUCUCCUAGCCUAUGUAUGCCUCUGGGACUGGACAAUUACUUCAAGCAUUCUUCAACAAGCAAAUGCUGUUUAAGUGACUGAUGGCUAAUGCACUGCUUUUGAAAGGACACUAGAAGACUUUAAAAUUUUUAUUAAAUUAUGAGUUACUUUUAUUUAUUUAAAUUUUUAUUUUGAAAAAUAAAUUAUUUUUAAUACAA